GUGCGCGCGCGGCGGCCGGCGGCAGUCGGCACACCGCCCGUGCGGGCGCCACACGACCGGAAUCUGCGCGAGCGAACGGCGACGCGAAUUAUUAUUUCAGUGAAAUAAACGCGAUAACGCCAACGACCAACCCGGCAGCGCACGAUUCUGUGAAACCUAUACGAGUGAACGAGUCUCGAGCGCAGAAAGCGGCAGGCGCAAACGAGAGAGCGGUACCGCCUACCGGAUAGGGAGGAAAACGAAACGAUUCGAGAAAGGCUCAUCAGCCGGGCCCUCGAAAUAGCCCGCUCCGCCGCCGCCUGCCCUCGCGGCCGUCAAACGACCUCGACCCCCCCAGUCCCCGGCCACGACUGGGGUUACGGAUAUAUGCAUAUAUCGGGAUCUCCGAAGUGACGUCACAGUGAUAUAUUCGUCGUUAAGUUUAAGCACGCGCUUUGUAAAUAUAUUAACCAAAUCUCACUUCUCCUAGUCAUUUUAUCUAGUGUAUUUAUUGGGCCCGAAGCCCGACGCCGAAGCGGAGCGUCGUAGUGUAGUUAGCCAAAGAACCGUCCGAGAUGCAGACCCAGAUGGUGCGGGGGGACCUGCAGAGGAGCUACCGGGUGCAGGACUUCGCCGCGCCCGGGGUCAUCAUGAGGGAGCGCAGCUUCGUGCGCCCGCAGUCGCAUCACAACAUGCAUCAUAACCAGUUUCCAAACAAUGGGAAACGUAGGAGUAUGAUACUGACCAACGCCAAGGGAAAACCGACGCUGGAAAUAUACAGACCGCCAGGUGUACGCACAGACGCGGCGACCACCACCACGGCGGCCAACAAGCUCAACGUCCACGCGAAGGAGUUUACCAUGGCCAAGCCCGCUGACCUGCAGAAUAGGUCGGCAGUAGGCGUGGGGUUCACGAGCGUGGGUCUCCAGCACUCGCGGUCGGCGGUGCUGCACGCCGCCGCCGCCGGGCCCGCGCCGCACUACCGCCCCCACGCCGUGCUCGUCAGCGCCUCCAGCGGGAACGUGCCGCACGCCACGGGCGGGCCGCGGGUACAUUUCAAGCUCCAGCCGCAGCAGACGAUAUCGGAGAAGAAGAAGUCUCCGCCCUCCUCCCUCGUCAACGGCAACGGGAAGAGCGUCAGACCGCAGUCGUUCACGCCGGGCCUCAAGCGGUCCAAGUCCCUCACCUCCGCCGACGCCCUGGCCAGCGGCAUGGCCGCGAUGGGGCUGGCGGCGGACGCGGGGGACCUGGGCAACUUCCCCCCCGAGAUCCAGGAGUGUAUAGACCGAGCUCUGGAAGAUCCGAACUCGGUAUGCGCGCGGACGCUGAUGGACGCCGUGGGUCACCUGGUGGCGCGCGCGGUGGAGUCCCCGCGGUACGCGCUGCCGGCCGCGCGCCGCUGCAUCGCCGUGGUGGAGCGCGAGCAGACCGAGACCUUCCUCGAGUCGCUGCUCAACACGUGUCAACAGUGGUACCAGGAUAGGGAGAAGCUGCUGAGCGCGGUGGUGGGCGGGGGGCGGCCGCGGCUUAUGGCGUUCCUGUCGUUCCUGCUGGAGAUGUACUGCCAGCUGCGACGCCGGGCUAUCCAGCGGCGCGGCGCCAGCGCCCAGCCCGGCCACGUGCUGCUCGCGCUCAUCUGCAAGUGCUGCGAGGACUGCAUCCGCCAGCCGGUGCCCUCGCCGGGGGAUACGGAGAAUCUGUUCUUCGUGUUGACGUACAUCGGUCGGGACCUGGAGACGCAGCUGCCGGGCGACCUGGAGCGGCUGCUGUCGGCCGUCCGCGACGCGUUCAUCAACUCCGCCUCCGCCCCCUCCAUCCGCCGGACGCUGCUGCAGCUCAUAGAGCUUCACGCCUCGCGCUGGCAGCUGCCCGGCUGCGCGGUGCUCUACUACUACCCCUCCUCCAAGUAGGGAAUAUAACGCACCCUUGCAGCAUGGUGCAAGAUGAACGUGUGAACGUAACGGGAGAAAUGGGCACGUUUCGUAGUAGGAAAUGAUAUGAUAUUCGCCAUAUGUGGACUACAUGUCAAAUAGACGAAUACGUCGGGAGGAAAAAGUCUAGCCCACAUUGAGUAGUAAAAGAAAUGAUACUCGCUAGGUAUUUGACGUUUGGUAGCAUUGCACGUCAAAGUGCGUCGCAACUCGCAAGUACGAUUUGCGUCUUGUCAAACGCAUGGACUACAUGUCAAAUGUUCGUUUUGCGUCUUGUCGAAUGUAGUUACAUUACAUGAAUAUCUCGAGUAAUUUUUUUACUAUGCUAUGUCGGGUAAUAAAGUGUAGGGACUAGGGACUCGGGAGUCCCGUUGCACAUCGUGUAUUUCAUUAAGUUUUAGUGAUCGACAAGGAAAUGGUUUUUGAUUUACUAAUGUUCGCAGCUUUUUGUUAAGUAGUCUACGGUUUAUUUUCACUUGAGUUCCUAUUUUUGUGCCAGCCUCGUUUUGCAGCACAGACUAUCGGUGAUGGGGGAGGGGUUCGGAGGUGGUGGGGAAUACAGAAAAACUGGGAGCAUUUCAUUAUCAAGUUCAAUAUUGUGAUCUUCGUGGCGUUGAGUUAGUUUAGACGAGGUAUAUAAUCUUACGUGUUACUGUAGGCGACGGAUGCCAUAAGCUCAUUUCUAGUGCCUUUGAUUCGAUAUUUUUCAACUUGCAGCGAUUUUCGUUCGAUCAGAAACGAAAACCGUUUAAAGUCGUGAAAAAUAUGUAAAGAACAUUAUUUAUCGUAAAUUAAAAUUAUAAAAUGCCUUAAAGUAUUAAUAAUAUAUUAUGUGUAUGUUAGGUACCUAGUUGGCAUACUGAGGGUGUACAUUACUGUACGAGUUUCGCAUAGUAGUUGGUGCAUUGGGCCCUUUGUCCCUUCAUAUUUCAUUCUAAAGUAACCAGUAGGGUUUUGUUGAGAUAAUAUUUAUUGUCAUUUCCUGGGACUUAGAAUAUUUUUGUCUGUUCUAUGUUCCAGGAUUUCUAAUGUCGAUGUAAAGUAUUAAUGUAAACUAAACACUUAAUACCUUUGUAAUAAAGUAAAAAAUACAUAAACUUGCCUACUCGAUUUUACUAGUGAGAUAUUUUGUCGGUCAAAGCGACCGAAAAAAUCGAAGUAGGAAACAAAAAAAUAUAGAUAGUUAUAAAAAUGUUAUCAUAGAUGUUAUUGUUUGACUGAAAUGCGAAAAUAUUUAUGCUUGUGAUAUUGUUAAUUGUAAGAUUUUUCGUCUUUUCUAUCGUAACUAAAGACUGUAAUUACAUAAUAUUCACAUAAAUUAUUAUUAUCUAACGAAAUACAAACUGUUGUAACCAGCUGGACCAAAUCUGUUGUAUACUUGUUGAAUUAUAUUAUUUGGUUUAAUAAUCUGUUUUAUAUUACCUAUGUGCUAUUAGACGCACUCACAUAAUUUUUAUUUACUCGUUGUUAGCAAUUUAAAUUAUUUGUACUAUGUUCAUAAACUUCCAUACUUAGGUUUAGAAUUAAUGUGUGAUCAAUAUUUCAGUGAAUAUCAAACAUUAAAUUAAUAAUAGCUUAGGUAAUACUUUACACAUUUAAUAUAAUUAAAAGACCGUAAACUUUUUACAACGCAUUCGUAACUGUAAACGUUAUGAUAUGUUUUAUAAAAAAUAAAAGAAAAAUCCAAAAAAAUGGUGCUAACAAGAAUAUCAAGUGUAUUUUGUAAUCCCUAUGCAUAGGGUGAUAACAUUAUUUUCGUUAUUGCUGUAUCUUAUACUGCAAAGAAAUAAAACUAUACUUAAU